GCUGACAAUCAUUUCUUCGCUGUCCUCACUCUUCACAGACGCGAAAGUGUUUCUAGAGAGAGAAACACUUUCUCAACGCUCGCGCUCUCUCUCUCUCUCUAAAAUGGCCGAUGAAGAACCAAUGCCUACUCGCUGGUCUUUCCAGGACUUCAAAUUGUACUAUGAUUCGAAGUUUGGGAGGAAGAAGGUUGUGCAGAAUGGUGAGAAUGCUGAUAAAGCUGUUGGUAAUGGAAGUUCGAUGAGCGUAGUAUCGAAUGGUAAUGUGCAUUCCAAAAGGUCAUCGGAUAUGGCAAUUUACGAGCAGCUUCGGAGCCAGGGGCAGAAUGGGAUCCACACAAAUGAUGUUUCACCAAACAAUAUGGAUGAGAGGCCGCAGAAGUCUUUGCUUCCACCUUUUGAAUCUGCAGAAAUGCGUACUUUAGCAGAGAGCUUAAGUAGGGAUAUCAUUCGUGGGAGUCCAGAUGUGAAGUGGGAAAGCAUAAAGGGGCUGGAGAAUGCAAAACGCUUACUUAAAGAAGCUGUUGUAAUGCCAAUUAAAUAUCCCAAGUACUUUACUGGUUUGUUAUCACCAUGGAAGGGAAUUCUCCUUUUUGGCCCCCCAGGGACAGGAAAGACAAUGCUUGCAAAGGCAGUUGCAACAGAGUGCAAGACUACAUUUUUUAAUAUUUCAGCAUCAUCUGUUGUCAGCAAAUGGCGAGGCGAUUCAGAGAAAUUAGUGAAGGUGUUAUUUCAGCUUGCCAGGCAUCAUGCACCCUCAACAAUAUUUCUUGAUGAAAUUGAUGCAAUCAUUAGUCAACGUGGUGAAGCACGCAGUGAACAUGAAGCAAGUAGACGAUUGAAAACUGAGCUACUCAUUCAGAUGGACGGCUUAACACGGACAGAUGAACUUGUUUUUGUUUUGGCUGCAACAAAUCUUCCCUGGGAAUUGGAUGCAGCCAUGCUUCGACGUCUUGAGAAGCGAAUCCUUGUACCACUUCCUGAACCAGAGGCGAGAGUAGCAAUGUUUGAGGAACUCCUUCCCCCGCAGCCUGAUGAGGAAUCAAUCCCCUAUGAUUUGCUGGUCAACCAGACCGAGGGGUAUUCUGGCUCGGAUAUCCGAUUGCUUUGUAAAGAGGUAGCAAUGCAGCCUUUAAGACGUUUGAUGUCACAACUUGAACAGAGAGAAGAUUUGGUGCCUGAAGAAGAGCUACCAAAAGUUGGGCCAAUCAGACCUGAGGAUAUACAGGCAGCUUUGAAGAACACAAGGCCAUCAGCUCAUCUUCAUGCCCACAAAUAUGACAAGUUUAAUGCUGAUUAUGGUAGUCAAAUACUUCAAUGAAAAGAUGUAGUUGUUAUUGUUAGCUUGUCCAAGAUUAAGUUGUCAUAAAAUUGCUGUUGAACCACUAGGAAAAUAUAAAACAUGUUAUUUACAGAUUUUCUUGAGAUGCUUCAUAUUAUUCUAGUGAGUGACUAUAUCAAUUGAACGCUUUCUGAAUGGUUGUAAUUUUUUACAAUCCCCAGAUUGUGCUUGUGUAGCAGUCAUUUUUUACAAAAUUUCUAUGCUACUUGGUAUUCAUUUUUUUUCCC